CUUUUCUUGUACCUUCGUGUGCGAGUUUUCUGGCGUGAUCUCCAGCCCUCCGUCAGCUCCGGAGAUCCAGUUCUCUCUUGGGCGCCACGGUGCGCGCCUCCACAAUUCCUGCUUGAGCACCGACCAUGUGUCCAGCCUCGCUCCCCAUCCAGCAUCGCCAUCCUGGAGGCAAGGGUCUGCUCUCCAGGAGCCACGACCCUUAUAGGAAAACGCACUGUAGACAAGGAAGCAAUAACAACGGGAACGGUUGCAGGGAUUCGUGAAUGUAGCGGUGUAAAUGAGACAGGGUCCUGGAAUAGUAGCUGCACGUUCAGCAUGUGACCACCGGCCACAGGUGGCUGUGGAAGUCAGCUGAAUUCAAAUAAAAUGCACAAGUCGGUUCCUUCGUCGCACCAGCAAUUUUUCAAGAGCUCGAUAGCCACCUAUAGCCAGUGGCUGCCGUAAUGCACGGCCCAUCUAGAUAUGGUACCUUCUUGGCAGAAGCUCCUAUGGGCGGCAUCGGGGAGUGAUCUGGGAAGACCUCACAGAGAGGUGACAUUUUAGACUAGAUGGUCCUCGUGGAGAAAUCUGGGAAACGUUUUAUUCAUUCAACAUUGUUAAUUAAAUGCCUGCUGCGAGCAGCAAGCAUUCUUCCAGGAAAAAGGAUGAAGCAGAUGAAGUCCCUUCUCACACAGCAGGGAGGGAACUGGUGUACCUGAGCAAUACGUCAAAUGGCAAAUACUGAUACGGAAAAUUAGGAGGAGUAAGAAAAUGAGUAACUAAGGACAUGCUCAUUUUAAAACGUCCACACUGGGUGCAGUUGGGAGAAUGGACGGUAGGGGGCAACCGCGGAGGCAGGGAGCCCAGCUGGGUGGCUGUUGUAAAGACAGGUGUGGGCCAGGUGGUGAAAACUGGUUGAGCUGGGAUGUUUCUGUGGAGUAGAACUGAUGGAUUGGAUGUGGGGUGUGAGGGAGUGAGGAGUCGAGGAUGAUGCCUUCCUGGGACUCUGGGAAUUCCUCCCCGUCCACUUCUGGGUGAAACCCCUCACUCUCCACCUCCUCCUACAGCUACUGCAAUCAUCUUUUAUUCCCCUAUUUUUCUGUUGAUUCAAUAACUUCUCACAAAACAGUGCACAGAAAAUCAAUUUCUUAAGCCUUUACAUAUCUGAAAAAUGCCUUUAUUCUUUGCUUCAGGUCAAUUUACAUUUGAGCCUGUUGCACAAUUCUAAAUGAAAACCAUUUUCACUCAGAAAUGUUAAGGUUUACUCCUCUGCCUUUACCAGCCAGCACUGCUGCUGAGAUGGCCAACAGUUCUCUGGGGAGAGUCUCAACCCUUCCAAAGUGACCAGGUUUUCUCUCUGGACACUUUUGAGAUCUCCUCAGCAGAGGUGUUCUGGCACUUGAUGAAAGGAGCCUUGGGGUCAGCCGCUAUUUCCUUGACCCAGUGCUCUUCGGCACGUGGUCUUGGAAAUAACGGAUGCCCUUGUCUACGACACCUUCCUGGAUAGUCUUCCUAACAAUUCCUUCCACCUGUUUUCUUUAGUUUCACUCCUGCGGUUUAUUUUUGUUGGAUUGAUCUCAAGUGUUAUGUUUUUCCUCUUCUUUUCCAUCUCUUUGUCUCUUUGCCCUACUUUCUGGGCAGUUGCUUUAACUUUGCCUUUCAGCUGUUUGUUGAGGGGGAAACCAUAGUUUUUUUUUUUUUUUCAAGAGCAACCUCUCCCUUUUUGAUCAUUCCAUUUUUUGUAGCAUCCAUUUCUUGCCUUGUGAACACAAGGCUUUCUUUGGUUUUCUGAGGGUAUCGAUUGGAACCUUUUUGAGCUUUCCCCUGGCCCUCUGCAUUGUCUCCUGGGCUCCUGUUGUGUUUGGGCAGAUUUCCGUCACUCCUGUCAGAAGCUUCCAAGUGUCUGGUGAUCGUUGCCUGAGAUUUCAUAUUAAGCAAGAGAGACUAAACAGAGCCAUGGAUAAGGGGGACCACUGUACAGCUGCAAAGACCCUUUUCCAAAUAAGGUCCUGUUCAUAAGUACAGGGGUUAAGACUUGGACCUAUGUUUUUGGGGUGGGGAGUCACCAUUCAGCCUGUUCCCAAAUAAAUUAGGGUGGCUUCCAAUCCCAUGUCCUUUCUCUUACUUAAGGGAGAGAUGUCCUCACAGGAUGUUCAUGGUGGGACAGUGGGCCCCACAGCAGACUUGUAUCCAAGGACUCCCUGGCCCCAGCCAGGUUCCCUGUCUUGCUUUAAUUUCCUUUUGGUGGGAACAUGAGUCCAUGAGCUCCUGCUAAAGCGAUCACCACUGUCCACCUCAGAGCCAGCAAGAACAGGGUUUCUACCCCAUGGAAUUAUUUUCCAAAGACACUGCAUCUGUUGUAAGCUUGUCUCCUUGGGAACCUCCAAAUCUCCAGAGCCCGUGGGCUGGAAAACAGAUGCAUUUCAUUGACUGACAGGAAAUACCCAACUCCAUGCCAGAGUCGAAGAAAAUCUCCACUGAGAGCUGGAGGGAGCAUAGGUUGAGGCAAGAGCACGAAGCAGGCAGCAGCAUCCUACAAGUUGGUGGCAGCUCCUGCUUCUCUUCCGUCUUGGAAUGGGCUGCCCAGGAAGGAAGACCCUGUCUUUCUUCCUUAUUUUUGUGCUCAUUUAUCUGCAUGGGGCCUUGUCGCAGGAAGCUGGCCCUACAGGGCAGAGAAAACCGUUUUUUGAGAGGCUCCGCAGACUGGAGGAGCAGUUUCGGAGGUUCCAGGAGGCAACCUUAACACACCUGCAGGCCAUUGCCAGCAACUACAACCUGUCCUACAACAUCGAUGCCCGGUUCCAAAACUUGGCCCAGGAGAGCCAGGCCUUGGCUCUGGAGGUCAACCAGUCACAGGCCACUGUGCAGAGUGACCUAGGCCACCUGAAGACCUGGAUACGGAAGACACAACGCAGAAGCCGGAAGGUGGACUCCAGGCUGCUGGCUUUGGGUUACGCCCUCAGGGAGAGGAACCAGCAGCACACUCAGGAGAGGAAGGAACAGGAGGCACAGAGAGAAGCCCUGUCUGGCCUGGCCCUGGACGUGCGGGCCCUGCAGGACACACUGGCUCACCUGACACACGUUGUCCAGAGCCAGGGCGCCAGGCUGGCUGCUCUUGAGGGGUGGCUUCAGGUGGCUUGUCCUGGCACCACAGCCCCGGUGUGGGCCCCUGCUGAGCCUCGGCUGCCAAGCCCAAGAUCCCUGGAGCUGCAGGGGGUCAGGCAGGCACUCAGUGCUUCACCUGAGCCCAGGGACGAACCUCAGGACUUUGCUGGCCAUCUCCAAGGGACCCAGGAGCCCCCAGCUGCAGGCAGCCAGUGGGGUUGGCCCCCUGAGACACAGGCAAAGAUUUGCAACGUGGGGUCUGCACUCAUCUUCCCGAACACCUCCACCCAGAAUGUCGUCUUCCUCAGCCGAGGUUUCCUCUCAGGCCUGCGGGCCCUGUCUGUCUGCAGCUGGGUCCGGACAGCCGCAGGCCACCUGGGCACCCUCCUCUCCUAUGCCACCGAGGAGAACGACAACAAGCUGGUGCUGCAUGGCCGGGACUCCCUGGCCCCCGGCUCCAUCCACUUUGUGAUUGGAGACCCAGCCUUCAGAGAGCUGCCCCUGCAGCCACUACUGGAUGGCCAGUGGCACCACGUGUGUGUCAUCUGGACGUCCGUGCUGGGUAGGUUCUGGCUCCAUGUGGACCGAAGGCUAGUCGCCACCGGCUCCCACUUCAGGGAGGGCUAUGUGAUCCCUCCCGGAGGGUCCCUGGUGCUGGGCCAGGAGCAAGACAGCAUGGGGGGUGGGUUCGAUGGCUCUGAGGCCUUCGUGGGGAGUGUGGCAGGCCUAGCCAUAUGGGACCGUGCACUGGUCCCCAGGGAAGUCUCACACCUUGCCACCGGGAAGGAGCUCCCGCCUGGCGCCAUCCUGACACUGGCUGAUGCCACACUGAUAGGUGGGUUUGUGCAGAGGGUCAACUGCACCUGCCUAGAGCUCUGUCUGUGAGGCCUCACCACCCAGGGCCUGUGGUCAUGCUCUGUGCUUGCAAGAGGAGCAAGUCUCCAGUCUGUUCAACCAUCCCCAAUCCCAGCACACUCCACAGAGGGACCCCACCCAGCCUGGAGAUGGAAGGACAGGACACUGCCUCCAACCUGAACUGGGCACACCUGGCAUCUAACGUAGAAUGAGGGCACUCCAUUGGGGGGGACAAAGAAAUGUGGAGGGGGAGAGAAGGCGAUGGGAAGAGACAUAAGUCAGGAUUCCUAAGAAUUGCAUUCUUUCCCUUGUGGUGACAUCCUUACAGUUGCCCUCUCUGCAGUAUGACAUCAGGCUAACAAGGCCCGACCAGGCCAGAUGGAAGUGCUGGACUCCCGCAGGGCCUCCCUGGGGGGUGGGUUUGCUGCCAUUCCAGGUUGCUUCGUGGAGAACUCCGUUUUCCUGGAAACUUCAUGGGCAGCAUGUAAACUGUCACCGUACUCUCUCAGGGCGACUCAUGGAAGUUUCCCUUUGGUUGAUCCUUGUUCCAAUGCCUCAUGAAAAGGGCCAGAGAACCCAUUUCCUGGCCCCCAACAGUACAGCCCCCUAUUCACCAGGAACCCUGAGAGUUCCCUCAGGGUCCUGUGAUGGUUGUUGAGGCUACGGAUGCCUCCAGGAAAGGGGACCUGCAAUGAGCACGGUGUAUUCAGAAAUAAACAUUAAUGAUGGGCAGCAAUGCUUUUAAAGCAGCUGUUUUGGGGUAUAAUUUACAUUUAAAAAUUAGUGGUCACUCCUGACUGCUCCACCCCAGCCUUCUCCCGCAGCUCUGGCAACUGCUGAUCUGCUUUCUGUUUCUGUGGAUUUGCCUGUUCUGGACAUUUCGUAUAAAUAGAAUCACGCAGAAGUUGCCCUUUUGCAUCUGGCUUCUUUCACUCAGCAAAUGUUCUCCGGGUCACGCAUGUGGCAGUGAGGGUCAGUGCCUGGCUCUUUCAUGUGGCUGGGCGACAUUCUGCUGUAAGGGACCACAUCUUGUUUAUCCAUUGAGCAGUUGAUGGAUAUUCGGAUUGUUUCCAGCUGGGGGCUAUUGUGAAUAAAACUGCAUACACAUUCU